AUUUAGUAUUGCUUCGAACGUUCAGAACAUUCGAUGGUACAUCGGAUUCCCGACGGACGGCUUCUUUCGAGCAGUGCCUCCGUCGUCGUCGACACAUUUCGUAGUCGUAGUCUCCGUCAAGCCCGGAACAGGAACAUCCCGGCCGAGUCAGGACUUUCGAAAAGGGCAACCGAACACCAUCAACGAGAUCAGUGGUGCUUUUCUCUUGAUUCGAUUUAUUCCGAGUAAAUUAAGUGAUAGUUUUUUUUAAGAGAGUAAGGACCCAAUCGGUGAAUAAAUUAUUGCCCCCAGAGAGCGAGUUGUGAAGAACGGAAAUUUAAUUAACGGAAAAUGGUUGGAUAAACAUCGAACACUCGAAAGUUGAUAGCGCGCCGUAGCAAGCGAAAUUAAACCAGUUUCGGAGAUAGUUUUAUUAGUUUCGGGGUGAAAUUUAACUUCCACGAUGUUGCAGCCCGCGGGCCCAGAAGGGGUGGGCCUGGGCAAACGGAUUUUGCGAAUGAUGCGACCCGGACGGAAGUCGUUCCGUGCAUCCUCCUGGGUGCUAGUGAUAGUGUUAGGUGUGCUGCAGUUGGUCGAUCCUUCGGAUGCGGUGGUUUGCAACCGAACGGCAUGUGACUGCAAGGGCCUCAAAGGAGCGCCCGGACAAAUCGGUCCCCACGGAAUUCCCGGAGCAGCCGGGCUGCCGGGAGACUUUGGACCCGAUGGACCACCAGGAUACACAGGCGAUCGGGGAUUGCGUGGUGAAAUUGGACCGAUGGGCGAAACAGGAUACAGGGGCGACUCCGGUGAACGAGGUUCGGUAGGAUAUCCCGGAAUUCCGGGUCUACCCGGGGAAGAUGGUCCACGAGGUCCUCGGGGAAUUGACGGGUGUAACGGAACCGAUGGUGCCAUGGGUAUUCCUGGUAUGCCUGGAUGGCCUGGAGACCGUGGACAGCCUGGUUUGCAAGGAGCGGUUGGAUUCCGUGGUGAUUCUGGUGAAGGAGGUAUCAAUUCCAAGGGUACCAAAGGCGCCAUGGGAGAACCAGGAAUGCCGGGUCCGAUUGGACCGCAUGGCUUCAAAGGCAGCCGUGGACUUCCCGGAUUUGAUGGAAUCAACGGAGCUGAUGGGGAACCUGGUAGAAAAGGGGAUUUCGGUGACGAGGGAGAUGCUUCUACACCGUUCUGUCCUGGAGAACCAGGUGAACCCGGGGAGCCUUACCACUACUUCUCCAGCAAAAAUUCAUCGGUCCUGCAAGGUGCCAAGGGAAUGAAAGGUGAUCGCGGUAUGGAUGGUCUUAAUGGAUUGCCAGGAAGGAAAGGUGAAGCAGGACCAUAUGGAGAGCGUGGUUUGAAGGGUUUCAAAGGUGAAGAAGGCAAUGUUGGUGAUCGAGGCAAACAAGGAAAGGACGGUCCACCAGGUCCUGCUGGAGAUAAAGGAGAGAAAGGUGCUCCCGGAUAUGCUGGACGAGAUGGAGAGUCCGGUGACAAGGGUGAACUUGGAGAUGACGGUAUCUCUGGAAUCCCUGGCCCUCAGGGAGUACGUGGUCCUCCAGGCCUGUACGACCCCACGUUAGCGCCCAUUAUAAUUGGACCGGUUGGACCACAAGGAGACGUUGGUCCACCAGGAAAUCAAGGCUUUGCUGGCAUUCCCGGUGAUCCUGGUAAACGAGGGUUGAUGGGACCUCAAGGACUUCCUGGUGAUGCUGGUGCAGAUGGCUUCCAAGGAAGAAAAGGAUCGACCAUUGCUGGCCAACGAGGAGACGAUGGAGAAAGUGGUCCUAGAGGUCAAGCUGGUCCUAGAGGCACACCUGGUUCACCAGGACCACAAGGUCCCAAGGGUUUUCCAGGAAGAAAUCUCCAGGGAGAAAAAGGAGAACCUGGUCUGCCUGGCCUCAACGGAGAAUUCGGAGAAAAGGGUGAGCAAGGUGAACUGGGUGAAACCGGAGACAAGGGUUUGCCUGGAAUUGGCUAUAAUAUCACUGGUCCUCUUGGACCCGAUGGUAUUCCUGGAUUGCCUGGUCCUGUGGGAGAUGCUGGAUGGAACGGAUUUGCUGGACUCAAAGGAGACAAAGGCUUCCAGGGUGAAGAUUGCGGAAUUUGCCCACCUGGACCACGGGGAGUAAAAGGUGAUGGUGGAGAUAUCGGACGUCCCGGUUGGGAUGGUUUCGAUGGAAACCGAGGUUUACCUGGACCGAGAGGUUUAAAGGGAGCUCCCGGAAAACCUGGAAUAAAAGGAAUUCAAGGCAUAAAAGGUAUACAGGGUGACGAUGGUGAGCCGGGAUGGCCCGGCGCCAAGGGUCAAAAGGGUUUAAUUCACACCGUGGGAAGCGUGGUAAAAAUAUACGGCGACAAAGGUGACAAGGGCGUUCGAGGUGAGCAGGGAGAAAAGGGAGACAUCGGACUGCACGGAUAUCCAGGAUUCAUGGGUGGACCGGGUGAACCCGGAGAGCUUGGUGACGAUGGCAAUCCAGGAUUCAGAGGACGUGAUGGAGAACCCGGUUUAUCCGGACGAGAUGGUGUUCAUGGUAGAGACGCUGCGUACAAUCAGUAUACCGUGUGGUCUCUGAGAGGAACUCCUGGAUUACCUGGAGAUAGAGGAAUGAAAGGUGAACACGGAGACCAAGGAAAUCGUGGAGAACCCGGAGAUGAAGCCGAAUUCUUCUCUGAAGCUGGUGAUAAAGGCGUCCGUGGACAAGCAGGGGACCAAGGUCCUCAGGGUGAGAAGGGCUACAGAGGAGAAAUUGGUGAUGAAGGUGUGCGUGGUUUCGAUGGAUUACCCGGUAUUCAAGGUGACAGCAUUCAAGGCCCUACGGGUUACAAGGGUUACUUCGGUAUGCCCGGAGACCAUGGUUUCCAAGGAGAGGAAGGUAAUCCUGGAAUACCCGGUGUUGAUGGCCCUGCUGGCUUGUCUGGAUUGAAGGGGCAACGUGGUGAUCCGGGUAGAGCUGUCUUAUUUGGUGAGAUGGGUGAAGAAGGUGAGGCUGGUUACUUUGGAGAGUUUGGAGAUAAAGGUUUCAAAGGGCCGGAUGGAUAUCGAGGAUCACCCGGUAUUGUUGGGCCUAAGGGAGAGAAAGGAGAUGAUGGAUUUAUGGGACGAGUUGGCUUACCUGGCAACAAGGGUAUGGUUGGAGACUUGAUCUAUGGAGACAGAGGAGCACCUGGAGCCCCUGGAGUACCUGGAAGCUCAGCUCCAUACGGCGAUAAAGGAGAACGCGGUGAACCUGGAAUUGAAGGUCCGCAGGGUCCCAAGGGAGAAGUUGGCGAUACUGGUCGAGAUGGUUUACCGGGAUUCACCGGAGAUGAUGGGCUUCCAGGCGACAUGGGAGCUCGUGGAAUCCACGGAUAUAUGGGUGAAGAAGGUCUACAAGGCGAACGAGGAGAACUUGGAGAUCAAGGUAAUCCAGGUAUCACCGGUCGACGAGGUUAUCCAGGAUUGAGAGGAGAAAAAGGCGAAUUCGGAGAUGAUGGAGAUGAGGGCUUCUCUGGAAGGCCAGGUCGCAAUGGAACUAAAGGUGAGCGUGGUGAUUUGGGAUUCCCAGGUGUACGAGGAUUCAAAGGUGCCCCAUCAUUCAGUGGCUUGAAAGGAGAUGUUGGUGUAUAUGGCUUACAUGGACCACCUGGUCUAGAAGGAGCUGUUGGCUUACCUGGAUUGAAGGGCGAGGAAGGCGAUGCUGGUGUAGUAAUUGAUGGUUAUCCAGGCUUGAAGGGCCCUAAAGGAGCUCCAGGAUAUAAUGGGCUACCUGGACGUCCUGGAAUGAAAGGUGAACGAGGUGAUGAGGGUACCUUAGGACAAAAGGGUAUUCAAGGUGAUAAAGGUAGAGACGGAUUCCCAGGAAUACCAGGGCGUCGUGGCAAAGAUGGUCCACGGGGAUUGCCAGGACUUCGAGGAUUACAUGGAAGCCGAGGAGAACAAGGUGACGAAGGAGAUAUGGGAUAUCUUGGAUUCGUAGGCGAAAAGGGAGAACGAGGAGAUGUCGGGAGAAUUGGUCUACCUGGAUUGCAGGGUUUACCAGGUGAGCCAGGAUUCCCAGGAUUGCCAGGAGAAUUGAUAUUUAGAACGCCUGAAAAAGGAGACAGAGGUGAAACUGGAUACACUGGAUUGGAAGGAAUGCCAGGAUUCCCUGGUCUUAAAGGACGUCCAGGAUACCCAGGCGAAAAAGGUGAUCCAGGUCCACGGGGUGAACCAGGUUUUGCCGGCCGAAAUGGUUUGGAUGGCCUUAAAGGACAGCAAGGGGAACCAGGAUUCAAAGGACCGCGAGGAACGUUGGUUACUCCUCCUGAAAAGGGUGAUCAAGGGGAUUCGGGCUACGAUGGAUUCCCAGGACGUGUAGGAAUACAAGGAAGCAAAGGAGCUCCGGGUGAUUAUGGAGACGACGGCCUUCCUGGUCCACGGGGUAUGACUGGAAUGGUGAGUGGUUCAUUCAAGGGACGUAGAGGAGAAAUUGGAUUCGAAGGUGCCCCCGGCAUGGAUGGUUUGCCUGGACUACCUGGUCCACCAGGUCCUAUGGGAGCUCCAGGUGACAAGGGGCUACCAGGAAGCAUUGGUCUGUCAAUUCGAGGUUUCAAAGGAGAACAAGGUGAAGAUGGUUUGAUUGGCCUUGAUGGCAUGCCUGGUCCCGAAGGUUUCCUUGGUGAUGUCGGCCCCGUGGGACGUCCAGGUCCCCGCGGAUUACCAGGAAUCAAAGGAGAGAUGGGAGAUAUUGGAGAGGAAGGAUACUUUGGACGACUUGGGCUGAAGGGUAUGAAGGGAGAACGCGGAGAUCCAAUUGUACUUGACAACUGGCGACCAAAUCAACCCGGUGAUCGUGGAGUUCCUGGUAAUAAGGGAGCUCCUGGUGAUGAAGGUGAUAUGGGACCUCCGGGAUAUCCAGGUCUUGUUGGCCUUAAAGGAAUGCAAGGUGAGCAAGGAUUAAUCGGCUUAGAAGGUCAAAUGGGUUUCAAGGGUGAGAUGGGUUUGCAAGGUGCCCCAGGUCUUAACGGACUGAAUGGUUUACCGGGAUUGAAGGGCGAAGUCGGAGAUGCUGCUCCACCACCGCCUCCAGCAAAGAGUCGUGGUUUCAUAUUCACCAAGCAUUCGCAAUCGGUGCAUAUUCCGGAAUGUCCUCUGAAUACUGCCAAAUUGUGGGACGGCUACUCACUCGUUAGUGUGAUCGGAAGCAGUAGAACGGUUGGACAGGACUUGGGAUCUGCUGGUUCGUGUCUCAGAAAGUUCAGCACUAUGCCGUACAUGUUCUGCGACAUCAACAAUGUGUGCAAUUACGCUGCCAACAAUGAUGACACUAUAUGGUUGGCGUCUCCUGAGCCCAUGCCGAUGUCUAUGGCCCCGAUGAAGGCUCGCGAGGUCGAAAGGUACAUCUCGAGGUGCUCCGUUUGCGAGACAACAACUCGUGUGAUUUCAAUUCACAGCCAAACUAUGGCCAUUCCGGAUUGCCCUGGAGGUUGGGAAGAGCUGUGGAUCGGUUACAGUUAUGUGAUGCACACAACUGAUAACAGUGGUGGCUUUGGUAUGGAUUUGACGUCCCCUGGAUCCUGUUUGGAGGAGUUCCGUGCACAGCCGGUUAUUGAAUGUCACGGCCACGGAACGUGCAACUUCUAUGACGGAAUCACUUCGUUCUGGCUGACAAUCAUAGAAAAUGGCGAAGAAUUCAAUGCCCCGAGACAGCAGACGCUGAAAGCCGAUCAAACUAGCAAGAUAAGCAGGUGUAUCGUUUGCCGCCGAAAGGCCGGAUUCCUGCGAGUCCUGUCGGAGGGAUCCAUCGGGGCUUCUGCCUUGCGGCGUCCGGAUACCGCAACGGUUCCCAAACCGUUCUAUCCUCCUCAACCACCCCGGCGGCGAGUGAGACCAGGUGGCCGAUCCCGGAACCGCCACCAAGGCUAGAUUCUUCAGUUUUUUCUUAGUCACUAGCGAUACCUAAUGUUACGUGAAUAGCUACCAACAACGAAUUUAGUGCUGUUAAAUGUGCCAUUCUUGUUCGCCUACUGCCGCAAAUCGAAUUCCAAGGGUUUGUUCAACAUAACAGCGAUAUUUAUAAAAACAAAAAUGUCUAACAGAAUAGCUUUCCUUAAUUGUAGCAGAAAACCUCCAUAACUCCCGAAAUUAUCAUUCGCUACGUAAAUACUAUGAACUAGAGUGCUAGAAUAAUAUACGAUGCCAAAAAUAAAAGGGAAAGUAGUACGUUUUCAGAGAAUAUAAGUUACUUUGCUAUACACAGCUUAAAUAAGUCAACUCCUUCUAGCUAGAGUAUAGUUUCAAUUUUUGUAAAUUUUGUUAUCGAACUGCCGAAAGUGUAUUUAAUGGUUAAGUAAAGCGUCUGCCAGUUUUCCAUGUGACUUUUAACCUGUCUUCAGUGUACGACUCCAAUUUACCGGCUUCCUGGAGAAUUCAUUUUACAAGAGUAAGUAAACGAUUAAAAAAAAGUGUAAAUGUGAAUGAUACGAAUAAAGUUUAUAAAACUAAA